AUGCCUCACAACAACAAGCACAACAAGGGCCGUCAAGGCACGCGGGCUCCCAGGACCCAGUCCCCUAAGCCCAUUUCCCUGUCAAAGGGUCUCCAGCCUACUCCUCCUGGCAAGACCGGACCAGCUUCUCUGUCCAUGGACAUCGUCCUGCUCAUCAUUGACGCCCUCAUCAACGACGCCUCGUCCAAGGAGCAGGGGUUGAACUGGGGCAUCGCAUACAAGCAGGACACGGCUUCGAAGCUCGUCCUUACCGACAUGAACAUGAGCGACCUCAACCACAUCAAAGCCAUGAAGCGACGAUUCUCUCGCAUCCGCAUGGCAUCUCAGCUGAACCAAAAGUCCCGCGCCCUCGUCCAUCAGACAUACCGCCGCCUCCCCAGAGCCAAGAUGAGCCCGGCUGGAAUGGCUGUUGGAUUCAUCAUGACGGCCUGGGUCCUUCCGUCCAUCGACGAUUUCGUCGUGGCUUUUGUAUUCCUGGGCGGACAUAUUGAAGUCCUCGAGCGUUACGCCGACUUCCUCGGAAUGGCGCUCCAUCUGCCUACUCCCGAGGGACUCCAGUUCAUGGAAUGCAUCCAGAAGUUCAAAAUCAUGCUCCCCCAGGACUUGGACAAGCACGUUCACGCUGCCAUGGUGCUUCCCAACCUCGAGGAGCUUCACUUGGCCUAUGCGAUGACUCCCAUCUUUGGCCCGUCCCGUCCCCAUCCCGCCAAGCACGCCGGCAUCGUCCCUCUUCGCCGCACCGACUACGAGGACUUGGCUGACUGGAUGAUCAUGCACAAGAAAACCUACAGUAAUCUCUACAACAACAUCUUCAAGGAGAAGGGCACUAAGGUGUACGCUUGGGACUGCGAAAUUCGGAAGGCGGUCUUUGAGAUACUUCUCACCGAGAAAGGCGUUCGCUUGCGCACCUUGAGUGCGCCCAAUUGCCCUGCUGACUGCGAAUGCCGUAAGGUCGGCGAGUCUCAAGCUUCUGCGACUUCUACUUGA